CUCUUCCGGCCAGGAAACAUGGCGACGCCUAUUGUAAGGACCACAUUUGGGAAAGAACCGUACGACACUUCCGUUUGAAUCUCAGUUUUUCCAAGAGCCCGGGGCGCCCGGGGCGCCGGGGGUGCGGGGGGCGUGGGCUGUGGUAAUGGGUCUGGCGCGGUUGAACGGGCUCUUCGCAGCCUAUAAGCCCCCGGGGCUAAAGUGGCUGCACCUGCGGGAUACUGUAGAACAGCAGCUUCUGAAGGGUCUCAAUGCCGCGGAGCCGUCUGUUCCUGAACAGCGUGUUCGCUUCUUGUUGGGCCCCAUGGAAGGCAAUGAAGAGGAGCUGGCCCUCACAGCCACCAGUGUGCCCACCCUCACCAAGCACAGGCUUGUGUGUGGGCCAGCAUUCACCAGCCUGAAGAUUGGUGUGGGACAUCGGCUGGAUAUCCAGUCUUCUGGGGUACUUGUGCUUGGCGUGGGACGUGGACGAAGACUCCUCACCGACAUGUAUGAUGCUCACCUCACCAAGGAUUAUACAGUGCGAGGUCUUCUAGGCAAAGCCACAGAUGACUUCCAUGAGGAUGGACGGCUGGUGGAGAAGACCACAUAUGAUCAUGUGACUAGAGAGAAGCUUGACCGGAUUCUGGCUGUUAUCCAAGGCUCCCAUCAGAAGGCCCUGGUGAUGUACUCUAACCUAGACCUGCAGUCCCAGGAGGCCUAUGAGAUGGCCACGAGAGGUGUAAUCCGGCCCAUGAACAAGUCCCCGAUGUUGAUCACUGGCUUCCGGUGCCUCCAUUUUGCACCUCCAGAGUUCCUCUUAGAGGUGCAGUGUAUGCACGAGACACAGCAGCAGCUGCGCAAGCUGGUGCAUGAGAUCGGCCUGGAGCUGAAGACCACUGCUGUCUGCUCCCAAGUGCGGCGCACACGGGACGGCUUCUUCACACUGGAUGAUGCCCUCCUGAGGACUCACUGGGACCUACACAGCAUCCAGGAUGCCAUCCAGGCUGCAGCCCCCCAGGUGGCAGCCGAGCUGGAAAAGAACCUGAAGCCAAGGUUGGGCACCCAGGAGCUCCCCAGUCCCAGCCCAUCCUGGAACUCCGAAGGCCUGAGCUCCACCAUGGGGGCAGGGAGCUGUGCAGGGCAUUGAUAGGCCAAGCCGUUGGCGGGGAAGUGGGCGUUGUAGCAUAAAGGCUCAGUAUUCAUGAGCCAGAACCAGUGAGUGUGGAGGAAUUGAGAGUAAGAGAAGCUCUUCUACAUGGACACAAAACUGAGUCUGUAAUAGGAAAGAUUAGUGGGCUUAACCCAAUUGAAAAGGAAAAAACUCUGUAUGGAGAAAGAGAUGAUAAACAAAUGACAGACUAAGACUAAUAAAAAAAAUUUGCAGUAUCUUUAACUAGGAA